CAUUUCUUUCAUUAUGAUAGGCAGAUUUAAAAGCAAGAUAUUACGUAAGCUUGCCUUACAUAGCAGGAUGAAGAAAUUGAAUAGACCAGGUGACUAGAAUAGCACACCAAUGAACACUUAAUGAAGGUAUUUGUUGCAUUCCUACUUUGAAUGCAUAUCAUAGCAUGUUGCACAAUGUACUUGGCUAACUGUGAAAUACCAGUCGUUCGUGGACGCAUUUUUUUUUUUUGUGUGGAUGUAAAUGAAAACCACUAUUCAAAAGAAUAUAUGAAUAAUCAAGACAUCAAAGUUGGUGCUUAUCUCAUUAGAUUUUAAACCACCAUGUCACGUUAGUACAAAUGACCUUUCUCUGAUCAUGCGUAGAAUCUUUUGAUCAUGCGCAGAAAGGAACUACGAACUGGCUCCGCAAUGAUCCGCGCAGAAAAGGGACUUUUUCUGUGGAGCACAUGCACAGGUGAGGAUUUCUUUUUAUUAUUGUCCGUCUAGCGUAUAAUUUGACAAGAUCAGAACCUUUAUAAAAGCCAAGAGACUUCAGCAAAUGUUUAAGAUUUUGAUGAGAGGACUCCGGUCGACUGCUUUCCUGUGUACUUGUCUGACAACAUUUUACUUGAUUUGAUGAUGGUAUCGAUCCUUUGCUUCGCUCUGAUCGGAUUAUGCUCCAUCAGUUUUGUCAUUGCUGGUUGCCCUUUACCUGAAGAUCUUCCCAGGAAAUGGCACGGCAACGAUGUCUUCUUAUGUGCCCGAGUGUACGAGCAUGGUGACCACCAGGCCCACAGAUCAUGCUAUGGCGAACACCGAGAUAUCCCCAGUGAGGGAGACUUUGCCGGUGCUAGAAGUGACUGGUGGAACGACCGAAUAUCUUCAGUCGUUGUUCGACCUGGAUGUCGCCUCUCCGUGCACUGGGACACAAGAUUUCGUGGAAGCGCGUUCAAUCUAAACAGUGGGGUUCAUAAGCAUCUUCGUGGUUGGAAUGAUGAGAUCUCUUCGUGGUCUUGUGUGUGCGAGUACACAAACGCCCCAUUGAUGUGUACCCCUACGGAUUCGUUUAGGACACUCAAGAGUUGUCAAAACCCAGGGAGCUUAGAAAUGAAAUGCGAGUAUUGGGCACAGAAGGGGUUAGUCUUAGGAAAUUCUGUUACGAACGGAAGAAGUGUGUCCACGACCGUUGAAGCGACAGUUGGUGUGACUAUUAAAAAGGUCUUCAGUGCUGGCCUGGGCGUUUCACAUACAACGUCGUACGAUUGGUCCCAAACAAGGAGCACUGACUACAGUUCGGUAGUCACGCACAAAGUCUCGUGUUCUGUACCAGCGGGUCGUCGCUUAGAGAUUCGACAAGUCGUGGGCGAAUGUGGCGAUACGAAUGUGUUCACUGGACAUUAUGAGUGCCGAGACAGCGAGAUUCCAGACGGAACAAGCCAGAGGGAAAAUCCCGAAAAUCCAGGGCAGUCCGGAGGCCAGUCUACUUCAUAUACAGCAGUGGGUUGCUACAGGGACCAGGCAGUGCGUGCAAUAAGUGGUGGAUUUGUUACCUAUCGUCACCAACCGCUCGCCAGAUGUUUGGAGAGAAGCAGGCUCGCCGGGAACGAAUACUUUGCUAUCCAGGCCGGUAACCAAUGUUUUACUAGCAGUGAUGCUGGUCAAACCUACAAUCAGUUUGGUCCUUCUGACGCCUGCCAAGACGGUAGAGGAGGUCACUGGGCAAUGACUGUCUAUCGCAUUAAUAAUUAACUCAUUUGGCUUUUUUUUUUGGAUUUUAUAUGGGGGGGGUGCAAAUAAAAUCCAUCACUUUUAUUUGCCAUAAAUACUUUGACAAGCAAAAACGGGGGCGUGGUAAAGAAUUCUAACUAAAAAUCGAACGGUCAUAAUUGCUACCCAAAAAAAUCUGAAAAUGAAAGGGGGGUGUUUUUUUCGAAAAUGGGUUAGUUUUCGACUCCCUAUCGCAGGGUACUAAUUGUAUACAUCUUUGGGUUAGAGGGAGACGUGACCCGUAUACCCCCAUCCUUUGGUGGACUCGAGCUAGCUUAUUGAUGGUUACUUGAUAAUAAUGAUAUAGUUAUUCGUCAAAAUAUGGGCAAAAUAUUUACUAUUUUAUUGUGACUUUUGGUGUGCUCAAUUCAGGACCAUAGAGACUCGAAACUACGGUCAUUUCCAUGGAAACUUGAUCGUAAUUGCAAGUUGAGCCCUCUUUUACAAUGGUCGUUACCAUAAUCGUCAGUAUAGUAUGGAACGGGUCCAGUAGAUGUUGCAUAUUGUGGGUGAGGGGUUUUUAUGUACAUGUAUGAUAUACGUAUUAUGUGUAAUAAUGUCUAAUUGUCAUAUGCUAUUUUUAAAUAGAUUUUAAUUGCUUAAUUACUGUUUGAUUGCUUAAUUAUUGGCAAAUUUUGUUUUAGAUUUCCCAUAAAUAUUUUUAGUGAGAAUAACCAUAUAUCUUCCUUUUAAUAUAUUUCUUAUCUUUUUAGUCCAUUGAUAAUGUGACACAAUUACUAUCUUCUCUGGUGCAUAAAAGUUCCGUCCGAAAACACUUACUUUGAAUGAAUUGAAAAUUAUAAUCAUUACAAUAACUUGAAAAAAAAGAGAAACAUAUUGACUUCUUUUCUUCGGUAUAGCUCCCCGUAUGUGUAACAUCGCCAUAAUAUUGCACUAUGAUCCAUAUCCACUGUAUAUUUAUCAUAUUCACUAUAUCUUUUAUAUAAAACUUUUAAAACAUUUUCCUUUGUCAUCUGUUCGGAUAUCCUUCUAUUAGUAAAUAAAUCAUUCUUACUUGCGUUAACUAA